GGGUGCAGGGAGGAGUUGGGUGUUUUGGCGGGUGCUGUCCUGCCCGGUGAGUAGUUGCACGGGUUCCAGAAAUUCGGUCCCUGGGUUGUGUCACGAAACUGGAAGAAAGGUAGUAAGCAUGAAGCGCAGUUCAGUUUCCACCGGUGGUGCUGGCCGCCUCUCCAUGCAGGAUUUAAGGUCUCAGGAUUUCAAUAAACAAGGCCUCCAUACCCCUCAAACCAAAGAGAAACCAGCCUUUGGAAAGUUGAAUAUAAACAAACCCACAUCUGAAAGAAAAGCCUCUGUGUUUGGUAAAAGAACUAGUGGACCUGGAUCCCGGAAUAGUCAAUUUGGUAUAUUUUCCAGUUCUGAAAAAAUCAAGGACCCACGACCACUUAAUGACAAAGCAUUCAUUCAGCAGUGUAUUCGACAACUCUGUGAGUUUCUUACAGAAAAUGGUUAUGCAUAUAGUGUAUCCAUGAAAUCUCUACAAGCUCCUUCUGUUAAAGACUUCCUAAAGAUCUUCACUUUUCUUUAUGGCUUCCUGUGCCCUUCGUAUGAACUUCCUGACACAAAGUUUGAAGAAGAGGUUCCAAGAAUCUUUAAAGAUCUUGGGUAUCCUUUUGCAUUAUCCAAAAGCUCCAUGUAUACAGUGGGGGCCCCUCAUACAUGGCCACAUAUUGUGGCAGCCUUGGUUUGGCUAAUAGACUGCGUCAAGUUACAUAAUGCCAUGAAAGAAAGCUCACCUUUAUUUGAUGAUGGACAGCCUUGGGGAGAAGAAACUGAAGAUGGAAUUAUGCAUAAUAAGUUGUUUUUGGACUACACCAUAAAAUGCUAUGAAAGUUUCAUGACUGGUGCUGACAGUUUUGAAGAGAUGAAUGCAGAGUUGCAGUCAAAGCUGAAGGAUUUAUUUAAUGUUGAUGCUUCCAAGCUGGAAUCAUUAGCAGCAAAAAACAAAGCAUUGAAUGAACAGAUUGCAAGACUGGAACAAGAAAGAGAAAAAGAACCGAAUCGUCUAGAGUCAUUGAGAAAAUUGAAAACUUCCUUACAAGCAGAUGUUCAAAAAUAUCAGGCAUACAUGAGCAAUUUGGAGUCUCAUUCAGCCAUUCUUGACCAGAAAUUGAAUGGGCUUGAUGAAGAAAUUUCUAGAGUAGAACUAGAAUAUGAAACAAUGAAACAGGAGAAUACUCGCCUACAGAAUAUUGUCGAUAACCAGAAGUACUCAGUUGCAGACAUCGAGAGAAUAAAUCAUGAAAGAAAUGAACUGCAGCAGACCAUUAAUAAACUAACCAAGGACCUGGAGGCUGAACAACAGCAGUUGUGGAAUGAAGAGCUAAAAUAUGCCAGAGGCAAAGAGGCGUUAAAUACAAUGAUAACAGAAAGCAGGAGAGGUGUAAGAACUCUGAAAGAAGAAGUUCAAAAGCUGGAUGAUCUUUACCAACAAAAAGUUAAGGAAGCUGAAGAAGAGGACAAAAAAUGUGCCAGUGAGCUAGAGUCCUUGGAGAAACACAAACAUCUGCUGGAGAGUGCUGUUAACGAGGGCCUCAGUGAAGCUAUGAAUGAAUUAGACGCUAUUCAGCGAGAAUACCAGCUAGUUGUGCAAACCACAACUGAAGAACGACGAAAAGUGGGAAAUAACUUGCAGCGUCUUUUAGAGAUGGUUGCUACACAUGUAGGGUCUGUGGAGAAAUAUCUUGAAGAGCAGAUUGCUAAAGUUGAUAGAGAAUAUGAAGAAUACGUGUCUGAAGAUCUCUUGGAAAAUAUUAGAGAGAUUGGAGACAAGUAUAAGAAGAAAGCUGCUCUAAUUAAGCCUUCUGAUGAAUGAAGAUAAAAUAUUGAUUAAGCAAGAACUUUAUUAACAGUGCAAAUUGUUAAAUGUCCUCUGUAGGUUUGAAAAAUCUCUAACAUAUCUUAUACCCCUCCUUACAAUGAAGUCUUAUGACCAUAUCUUCCCAAGCCUGUGAAAUAUUUUUAUAUCUUUUAUAAAUCUAGUUCAUUAAAGUAUGUAUAACCUGAAAUUAUGAUAACUUUUUUUUGUUAUCUUCAGAUGUGAAAGUCUAGUUAUAUUAUGUAUCCAGAGUUCAUAAAAUUAUAUCAACAAA